UUAGGUUGUGCUGGGAUGGAAAGGGAAUGUUUACUGGGAUCACUAUCUGGUCAGAACAGCAAUGGCUUCUCUGUGGAAACAUUUCUGCAUCCUGGUCCUUCAUCUGCAUUCAUCUGCCUCGUUCCAGCAGCGACCUGCCAGCAGUUCGGCUCCAGAGCUUUGCAGGUAAAGACCCAACAGGCUGCACUGGGCUUUAAUUUGCUGAAUUUCAUGACGAUAAGAUGCUCAGCAUCUGAAGUCAGAGAUGAAGGAAGCAAAACGACGAUGAGAAACGAAGAAAACUCUUUUUUCACCGGGGAACCGGAGAAUCCUCAGGUUUCACAGAGAAAGCUGCUCCAAGCAGCAGGAGCUGCUCUUCCUUUCUCUCCUCUCAAGGUGUUGUCCAACGGAGAGCCGUGUAUUUUGUUCCAGGCGAGGAAACUUUCUCUGCGCUUUGAGAAGCAGAGACCCGUGGACCUGACGGAGCUCACCUUCUCUCCUCAGAAGCUUGUCGAUACGACGGAGUCGCUCUGCCAGCAGGACAAAGCCACGCUGGUCAUGAGGUUUGGAGACGUGGAGGAGCUGAGAGGAUUAUCAAUCAGAUUUCAGCUCUCCAACACGUUUUACGAGUCCUCGGGUCAGUGGUGGUUCUCCGUGGACCGGGUCUCUGUUUCAUACAACACUUCUGAGGAGGUUGUCUUCAACGCCACGGAUGUUUACGCUCCGGCCUCAUCCUCCUACCGCUGCCUCCAUGUCAGCAGCCUGCAGAGAUACAGUGGUCUGUUACUGCCGAGCACUGAGCAUGCACAGCGCUGGGCCGUCACCUUCAUCGACUUCCAGAUCCAAGCAUUCAACAUCAGUGAAGGGAGGUUUUCUCCUGCGAGCGACUGCACCACAGUCCUGACCCCGGCCAUCCUGAUGGGCCUCAUCACCUCCCUGAUCCUGCUGCUGGUUCUGGCCUACGCCCUGCACAUGGUCGUCCACCUGAAACACAUCGAGCACGACGACGACCAAAAACCUGACAUCUACUUCCCUCAGAGCCCAGAGCAGCUGGACCACUGCUGCGAAGAAAGCUCCACCGAGAAGAACGUGAUGUAGGACGAAAAGAACGUUCCUGAAACAGAGACAGAGUUGUGAUGACCCAUGGAGUAACGUGCUUUCUGCUCAGGAUUUCAUUUUUAAGGAAAUCAUUUUGUUAAUUAUUCUUGUAACACAUUUUAUACAAAUAUUAAUGGGAAAAAAUUAUCUUUCUUAAAUGAGCUUUUCCAAGUGUUAGUUGCAACAAAUAAUUGUUUAGGUUUCACUUCAACAAUAGAAAAAACCAGCAUGUUACGGGUUUUCUGCCUGCAUUUUGUGGUGUCUGGAUUCUCCUGCUUCCCUCAAACAGCUCAAAAAUGUUCAUGUGAAACCAGCUGGUUACUAUAAACUUUAGGCACUUUAUGAUCUGAG